UGUAAAGGUCACAUGCAAAGUGAUAAAAGUUGAUACUAAAAAAUUUCCAGUGCCUACUCAGUACUCACUAGUCAUUCAUUUCAUCACUUGUCUCUACCUUUCUCAUUUUAAUACAAAAACAGCCAUUUCUCUGUCUGCGCACUACUGUAAAAGAAUACAAAAAAUUAGCCAUCUAAAAUUCCAUCUCUCUCUGCAAAAACAUAAUGGCCUAGCUGUUCUUGGAUCCAGAGAUUCUGGUUUCUUUAAAUUUAUUAUAUAAACCCUUAAUUUAAUCCAUAGCCCACAUGACAUGAUUUUCUUUAUCUCCCAAUUGUUUCUCCCUAGGCUCAAAUCUUCUUCCUAUUAUUUGUGUUUGCACACAUUGGAAUUUGUAGCAUAGGUCUAAUGCCUGUUAAUUCAUGGACCCUUUUCUGGGCUUUCAUUUUUUUCGUUUUAUCAACUGUUUCGGGUUUGAAUCCACAGGGGGAAGCGCUUAUAGCGUGGAAGAGGACGUUGAAGGGGUCCCUCGAGGCAUUAAGCAAUUGGGAUCCAACAGACGAUACCCCUUGUGAAUGGUUCGGGUUAGCUUGCAACUUCAAUAAAGAAGUUGUGGAGCUGAAUUUGAAGUAUAUGGACUUACUUGGAAAUGUUCCGAGUAAUUUCAGUUCUUUGGCGUCGUUGAAGAAGCUAGUCUUGUCCGAGACAAACUUGUCAGGAUCAAUUCCGGAGGAGAUUGGAAUUCUUCAAGAACUGACGUACUUGGAUUUGAGUGACAAUGCAUUGACAGGUGAAAUUCCAGAUGAGAUUUGUCACUUGCCCAAGCUAGAACAACUUCUUUUGAACACGAAUAGACUGGAAGGAUCUAUUCCGGCUGCGAUUGGGAAUUUAACGUCCCUGAUGUCGUUGAUUAUCUAUGAUAAUCAACUCAGUGGACCAAUUCCAGGCAGCAUUGGCAGCCUGAAAAAGCUUGAAGUUAUUAGAGCUGGAGGUAACAAAAACCUGGCAGGCUCAAUCCCACAGGAAAUUGGCAAUUGCACCAAUUUGAUCAUGUUAGGCCUGGCCGAAACCAGCAUUUCAGGAUUCCUCCCUCCGUCCCUCGGCCUCUUGCGAAAUCUCAAGACCAUUGCCGUCUACACCACACUUCUCUCCGGCCAAAUUCCACCUGAAUUAGGCGCCUGCAUCGCCCUGGAAAACAUCUACCUCUAUGAAAACUCCCUUACCGGCUCAAUCCCGACAAAUCUUGGUAACCUUCGUAAUCUACAAAACCUACUUCUCUGGCAAAACAAUUUGGUGGGAACCAUUCCUCCCGAGCUUGGAAACUGCCAUCAACUGCUCGUAAUUGACAUUUCCAUGAAUUCGUUAACCGGCAGCAUCCCUGAGACUUUUGGGAACCUGGCCUCAUUACAAGAGCUGCAGCUGAGUGUAAAUCAAAUAUCGGGCAAAAUUCCCUCACAACUUGGGAAUUGUAAUGCCCUCACUCACAUCGAACUUGACAACAAUCAAAUCACAGGUACUAUUCCAUCAGAAUUUGGGAAUCUGCCAAACCUGACGCUGUUAUUCUUGUGGCAAAAUAGCCUGGAGGGUGAUAUUCCGCCAUCUUUAUCUGCAUGUCAUAAGUUGGAGGCGAUUGAUAUGUCACAGAAUUCAUUGACGGGUCCAAUUCCAAAAGGUGUUUUUGAAUUACAGAAACUGAACAAGCUUUUACUAUUAUCUAACAAUCUUUCCGGCAACAUACCGCCGGAAAUCGGGAACUGUUCAUCCCUGAUUCGAUUCCGGGCCAGUAGUAAUAUGCUUACGGGGCAAGUUCCGCCAGAAAUCGGGAGGUUGAAGAAUAUAAAUUUCUUGGACCUCGCUUCAAACCGGUUAACCGGAAUUAUACCGUUGGAGAUCGCUGGAUGCCAAAAUCUGACGUUUCUUGAUCUGCAUUCAAAUUCUCUCUCUGGACAGUUGCCAGGGAAUUUGAACCAGCUAGCCACUCUCCAGUUCUUGGAUGUAUCUGAGAAUUUCGUUGAAGGUACGCUAAAUCCGAGUCUUGGCUCAUUGAGUUCACUGACAAAGCUUAUCCUUGGAAAGAACAGGUUAUCUGGUUCUAUCCCAACCCAACUCGGUUCGUGUUCCCGGCUUCAGUUACUUGAUUUAAGUAGCAAUGGGCUCGAGGGACAGAUUCCGUCGAGUUUGGGGAAGAUUCCGGCCUUGGAGAUUGCUCUGAAUUUGAGCUGGAAUAAACUUUCCGGUGAGAUCCCAUCAGCGUUUACCGCUUUGGAUAAGCUUGGAGUUUUGGACCUUUCUCACAACCAGCUAUAUGGAGACCUUCAUUAUCUGGCUGAACUUCAAAAUCUUGUGGUGUUGAAUGUGUCAAAUAAUCAGUUCUCGGGACAUGUGCCUGAGACGUCAUUCUUCGCCAAGCUGCCACUUAGCGUUCUAGCUGGCAAUCCCGAGCUGUGCUUUUCGGGUAAUGCGUGCUCUGCCGACAAGGUUGGCGCCACUAAACACGCGGCCAGGGUGGCAAUGGUGGUGUUGCUCAGUACUGCAUGCGUCCUACUAUUGGCUGCACUCUACAUUAUCCUCGGAGGCAAAAUGCGGGGACGUGGUGCCCACAAUUCUGAUUUGGACAGCGUCGGCGAUGUGGAGUUAGGCCCGCCAUGGGAGGUCACAGUGUACCAAAAGCUUGAUUUCUCAAUUGUUGAUGUGACCAAGUGCUUGACAGCUGUCAAUGUGAUUGGUCGCGGUCGAUCGGGCAUAGUUUAUCGAGCAAACAUUCCAUCAGGAUUAGUUAUUGCUGUAAAAAGAUUCCGGGUAUCGGAAAAGUGCUCUGCAUCGACAUUUUCGUCUGAGAUUACAACGUUAGCUCGCAUUCGACACCGGAACAUCGUUAGACUAUUAGGUUGGGCAGCUAACCGGAGCACCAAGCUAUUGUUCUACGACUACAUGCCUAAUGGUACAUUAGGUUCAUUGUUGCACGAGGGAUGUGGAGGCGUACUCGAGUGGGAAACUCGUUUCAAUAUUGCUCUAGGAGUGGCAGAGGGUUUAGCCUACUUACACCACGACUGUGUGCCCCCGAUCCUCCACCGAGACGUCAAGGCACACAACAUUCUCUUGGGGGAUCGGUAUGAACCAUGUAUGGCUGAUUUUGGGCUUGCCAGGUUCAUCGAGGAAGAAAAUGCUUCAUUUUCAGCAAACCCCCAAUUUGCUGGAUCAUAUGGCUACUUUGCUCCUGAAUAUGCUUGCAUGGUCAAAAUUACUGAGAAGAGCGACGUCUAUAGUUAUGGAGUCGUGUUGCUAGAAAUCAUAACUGGAAAGAAACCAGUUGACCCAUCAUUCCCUGAUGAACAACACGUGAUUCAAUGGGUUCGGGAUCACCUAAAGAGUAGAAAGAACCCUGUUGAUAUCAUUGAUCAAAAGCUUCAAGGCAAUCCAGACACACAAAUUCAAGAAAUACUCCAAGGCCUCGGAAUAGCCCUACUCUGCACCAGUAACCGGGCAGAGGAUCGCCCAACAAUGAAAGACGUCGUGGCCUUAUUAAAGGAAAUCCGGCAUGAGCAGACUACAGUAAGUGAAUCCCACAAGACAGCCAGCAUAUCAUCUAAAAUCUCCAAAGUUCCAUCGAAUUCAUCCCCAUCUGUGACCCCAGCUCAGUUGCUCGUACAAGGGUCGUCUAAUUGCUCGUUCACUUACUCCUCUUCCUCAGCAAGUUACAACACAGUACAUCAAUAAUUUGUGCAAUGUAACAUUAAGAGUAGAACAGCACUGUAAAAAGUACUUCUAAGUGUUUAGGUUCAGCCGAGUGUAUAGCAACCUAACAAAAUUAGUUCUAUCAAGUGGAUGAGUCUGUGAUUUAAUUACAACGAUCCAACUCUUUUGUUGCCUAUUCAAGCAUUUACACAAUAUGCUAACAUUAAUUCUUGUGUGUAAGCUGUGCUUAUUCAA